AGGAACUUCCCAGGAUUAAUAACCUCCCUCCAUCACCGCCAACAUGCGUGAAAUUAUCCAUCUCCAGACCGGCCAAUGUGGUAACCAAGUCGGCGCCGCUUUCUGGGACACCAUCUCUGGAGAGCAUGGCCUGAGCGAGGCCGGUGUCUACACCGGCAGUUCCGACUUGCAGCUCGAGCGCAUGAACGUCUACUUCAACGAGGCGUCUGGUAACAAAUAUGUUCCCCGUGCCGUCCUCGUCGAUCUCGAGCCAGGCACCAUGGAUGCCGUUCGUGCCGGUCCCUUUGGCCAGCUGUUCCGUCCUGACAACUUCGUGUUUGGACAAUCCGGAGCCGGUAACAACUGGGCGAAGGGUCACUACACCGAGGGUGCCGAGCUCGUCGACCAAGUCCUCGACGUCGUUCGUCGCGAAGCCGAGGGUUGCGACUGUCUGCAAGGUUUCCAGAUUACUCACUCCCUCGGAGGAGGAACUGGAUCUGGCAUGGGAACGCUCCUGAUCAGCAAAAUUCGUGAGGAAUUCCCCGACCGAAUUAUGGCAACAUUUUCCAUCAUGCCAUCGCCGAAGGUGUCUGACACUGUCGUCGAACCUUACAACGCAACCUUGUCCAUCCACCAGCUCGUCGAGAACUCGGACGAAACCUUUUGCAUUGACAACGAGGCUCUCUACGACAUUUGCCUUCGUACCUUGAAGCUCACCAACCCCAGCUACGGCGACCUCAACCACUUGGUGUCGACUGUCAUGUCUGGUGUCACUACCUGUCUUCGUUUCCCCGGUCAGCUCAACAGCGACUUGCGAAAGCUUGCUGUCAACAUGGUUCCCUUCCCUCGUCUGCAUUUCUUCAUGGUCGGAUUCGCCCCGCUCACUAGCCGUGGAGCCCACAACUUCCGUGCCGUCACCGUCGCCGAAUUGACUCAACAGAUCUUCGACCCGAAGAACAUGAUGGCUGCCUCUGACUUCCGUCACGGCCGCUACCUGACUUGCUCCGCCAUCUACCGUGGACGUGGUGUCUCGAUGAAGCAAGUCGAGGACCAGAUCCGUGGUGUGCAGGACAAGAACCAGGCCUACUUCGUCGAAUGGAUCCCCAACAACGUCCAAACUGCGUUGUGCUCGAUCCCUCCUCGCGGUUUGACCAUGAGCAGCACUUUCGUCGGAAACAGCACCUCCAUCCAGGCCUUGUUCAAGCGCAUCGGUGACCAAUUCGGCGCCAUGUUCCGUCGCAAGGCUUUCUUGCAUUGGUACACUGGCGAGGGUAUGGACGAGAUGGAGUUCACUGAGGCCGAGAGCAACAUGAACGACUUGGUCUCUGAGUACCAGCAAUACCAGGAGGCGUCGGUUGAUGAGGAGGGCGAGUACGACGAGGAAGCUCCUCUUGAGGACGAGGAGUAAGCGUUAUAUGCCGUGGGCGCCUCUGUGUGCGUUCCUUCGGUUUGAACGGGAGCGAAACUUUCCAUCGAUUGUCGGAUCGCGCGCUGUUGGCAAAUUAGAAAGGUCUGAAGUGUGUGUGAGAGAGAGAGAGAG